AUGAUGCGGGCUUCCUUCUCGAGGGCAGCAUUGUUCUCUGCUGCUGCUGCUCGUCUCCCAAGAUGUGCUUGUCCAAGACAAACUCUACCUCGGGUAACUUUUGUUGUCAGCGUGAGACACGCUUCUGCUCUCGAAUCAGGACACAUCGAUGUAGGGAACAAGGAGGGUGUCAUCUAUAUAAACAACAUCUUCCCCUUGAAGCUGCAAUGGCUGCUCCGAGGACCCCUAGCGGGUACUAAGUCAUUUGAGAAGCGACUAAAGCAGAUUGAUAAACCGCAUCUCGCGGCCUCGACACCGUGGAAUAUAAUAAGACGGGUCUUUCCGUCAGACAUAGGUAUCGAGAUCAAGGACGUAAUACCUCGGUUCAAUGAAGGAGGUGCAUUUGUGAAAUACUCCCGCAAGCCUGGUGUUGAGGAUACCGAUAUUGAGGCUGCCAUUAGGCACCAUCUGGAGAAGAAUCCAAUUACUCCUUGGUUUAAUCCAUUCCAGAAGGUCAAAGUCUCUCGCGUUAUUGGCCGGCCUUGGAUAGAGGAUCUCUAUCGUAUCCCAUCCCAGAAGCUCAGAGUCGAGUUUCUACCUACUGAUCCUGAUCAUCCUGCGGUAGAACUGACUGCGGAGACUCUGUACUCAUUGUUCCGCAAAUACGGGAAGUUGCGGAAUAUAGAAACACAAGAGCCGGGUUCCAAAGUGACUCCCAAUUAUGCCUACAUAGAAUUUGCCCGACCGAAAUAUGCCGUCAUGGCAAAGAACUGUCUGCAUGGAUAUACGGUCCCAGAGCAGGAAGGGGGCGGAAAAAAUGGCACCAAACUAAAGCUGCGGUAUGAACGCAUCAUCAAGGCUUCUUCGAUUAAGGACUGGCUUUUCAAUCACCCCCGGAUAGUGAUUCCAGCUAUCGCAGCGCUGAUUGCUGGGAUUACAGUGGUUAUAUUUGAUCCGGUUCGCACGUUCUUCAUCGAGUUGAAAAUCAAGACCAAUCUUCGGACAGAGAGAAACCCGACUCUGCAAUGGGUACGCGACCUAGCCAGCAAUGCGAACAUCAUGCAUCUCGGUCUCGGUCGUCGUAAAAGUGAUGACCGUGGGCUUGCUGCAAUAUGGGAAGGACGUCAGAGUGAUAUUUCUUUGUUGCAGUCAUGGCUAACGGAGAACAUUGACACUUUCAUUGUGGUUCACGGGCCCCGUGGUUCAGGGAAACGAGAAUUGGUGAUAGACCAAGCACUUGAAAACUCGAAGUACAAGGUCAUCAUCGACUGCAAGCGCAUACAGGAGGCCAAGGGGGAUGCCGAGAAGAUUUCAGCUGCGGCAUCUCAGGUUGGUUAUCGGCCGGUGUUUUCCUGGAUGAACAACGUCAGCAGCUUUAUCGACCUUGCAACGCAAGGCGUGAUCGGAACUAAAGCUGGAUUUACACAGACACUAGACGCGCAACUCAGCAAGAUCUGGCAGAAUACCUCGGUGGCGUUGAAAAGAAUUGCCCUGGAAGGCAAAGGAAAGGACGGCAAGGACUCUUAUCUGAGUGACGAAGAGUACCUGGAGGCACAUCCUGAGAAACGUCCCGUUGUUGUCAUUGAUAAUUUCCUGCAUAAUGCCAUGGAGCAAAACGCUGUAUACGACAAGAUGACCGAAUGGGCUGCUGAAUUGGUUACCGGAAACAUCGCUCAUGUAAUCUUCUUGACAACUGACAUCUCAUUCUCCAAGACUCUGAGCAGGGCUCUCCCAAACCAAGUGUUCCGAAAUAUCUCCUUGGGUGACUGCUCACUUGAAGUUGGAAGGAGGUUUGUUCUCAGACACCUUCAGCAUGAUGACGAAUGGAGUCCGGGGGCAGACAAAAAGACGCCGGAACCGCUGGAUGAUUUGGACUACUGCAUUGAAACUCUAGGUGGUCGUGUGACGGACCUCGAGUUCAUGGCACACCGUAUCAAGGCUGGAGAAACUCCCAAAGGUACGAAGUCCCCAACGACCACACGCUGCUUUUGUGUUGCUGACCAGCAUGGAAAAGCUGCCACCAAUCGCAUUAUUGAUCAGGCGGUUUUUGAGAUCCUGAAGAUCUUCCUCCUGGAAGCCAAUACCUCAGAGCAGCCGUGGAAUCGCGAACAGGUCUGGCAUUUAAUUAAGGAGAUCGCGAAUUCAAAGGAUGGGGUGAUCACCUAUAACAAGGUGCUCUUGUCUGAGCUGUUUAAAAAAAAUGGCGAGGCUAGCAUUCACGCUCUUGAACAGGCAGAACUUGUCUCUGUCAUUUCCGUAAACGGUUACCCGCAUCUAAUCAAGCCUAGCCGACCGGUUUUCCGGGCCAUCUUCCGGAGGCUGACAGAAAACAAGGCACUGAGCAGCCGUCUUGACCUCGCCGUCUUGUCAGAGCUGAUUCGGAAGGAGAAUGACAAGAUCAAGACGUUUGAGGAAGAGCUUCGUAUACUCGAAGCCAUGCGCAGGCAGCCACGAGAACUGUACCCUAGAAUCACCUGGCUUUUACAGAAGGUUCAUAAAGCGCAGGCCAAGAUCGGCAAAUAUGAGGAAGAUAGUACAGCCUUACAGGCGGUUCUGAAAGCUGAACAAUAA